ACACGUGCAAUGUUCACCCUGUACUCAGGGGGGCGGUAAUGAGCCAGAUGGACGUUAGAUUGGCAGCCAGCAGUAACUAAGAUACGAAGAGGAAGAAAAAGUAGGAAGUUGAGGUUGAGCGUUUUUGGAUUUGGUUGGUAAAUGUAUUUACAUAUACCGGAUAACAAUAUCGUAUUUUAAGUGGAUAUUAGCUAUCUUCAUUGUUUAUGUCUGUAUGAUAUUUGCAUUAUCUUCUUGGGGAUACGGUUUUGUUGGUAUCAUUCAUAGCUACGACUAGUUUGGUGGCUGCACAUUGUGCGUAUCAGUUGCCAGUAACAGCAAGAUAGCAAGCUUGUUAGCAAUGAAGGACACUUUGGCCCUUCUACAGAAAUUCAACGCGCAUCCAGAUUCCCGCUGUUGGUAUGUUGCAUGGAACCCCAAUGGCACAUUGCUGGCCUCGUGUGGUGGUGACCGGGCCAUUCGGAUAUGGGGAAGGGAAGGUGACUCUUGGGAAUGCAAGACAGUGCUCCAGGAUGGACACCAGCGAGCUGUCAGAAAGGUGGCAUGGUCCCCAUGUGGAAACUACCUGGCCUCAGCCAGCUUUGAUGCCACAACCUGCAUCUGGAAGAAGAAGAAUGAUGACUUUGAGUGCUUGACUGUGUUGGAAGGACAUGAGAAUGAGGUCAAAUGUGUGGCCUGGGCCCCAUCCGGUAACCUGCUGGCCACAUGUAGUAGAGACAAGAGCGUCUGGAUCUGGGAGGUGGAUGAGGAGGAUGAGUAUGAGUGUGUGAGCGUGGUGAACUCUCAUACACAGGAUGUCAAGCAUGUUGUCUGGCACCCAACACAGGAGCUCCUGGCCUCGUGUAGCUACGACAACAAUGUGUGUGUCUAUAAAGAAGAGGAUGAUGACUGGGAGUGCAGGGCGACCUUGGAGGGUCACACCUCCACUGUCUGGGGUUUGACCUUUGACCCAAGUGGCCAGAGACUGGCCUCCUGCAGUGAUGACCGUACUGUGAAGAUCUGGAAAGAAUGUCAGCCUGGAGGCACAGACACGGCUUGGAAAUGUGUUUGCACCCUUUCAGGGUUUCAUGGACGGACAGUGUAUGAUAUUGCAUGGUGUCCGCUGACCGGUGCCCUGGCGACUGCAUGUGGUGAUGACGGAGUGCGUGUGUUUAAGGAGGAUGAGACGGCUGACCCAGACCAGCCUGUUUUCUCCCUGUCUGCCCAUGUACCCAAGGCCCACAGCCAGGAUGUCAACUGUAUCGCCUGGCACCCCAAGGAGGCUGGGCUCCUUGUCUCCUGCAGUGACAAUGGGGAGAUAGCAGUCUGGAACUACCAGUCUGCGGUCUGAGAAAAUGUACAGUAUGCUGGGCCAGUUAGGACUUCGACAUCCAGUGUUUAACAGUGCUGAAUUUACCUUGUACAAUUGAGGGUGCUACCAGCACUAAAAUAGUCAUGUAUUUUGUUUGUCUCUUGAAAUUUCCUGUUAUAACAUUAGGUUUCUUGGUCUCAUGUGAUACUGAUAAGACUCUUUCCUUCCUGUGCACUUGUUCUGUGCUUCAUAAAUUGUGGUUUCAAGGGUCCCAAAUGUGUAUUGUCAUAAUUAUGUAUUUGAAAAACAAUACAAUUUACACAUAUUCCAAAGGCAUUUUGUAAUAUCAAUAAAAUAAAAUUGUUAUAGCUAUUUAAUCAAAGUUGAGUGGUUCGGCACGUUUGGAUGUCUAGGACUGGUGCUAGCUAAAAUUGUCCAGAAACGUUGUAAGGGAAAGAAAGCAUUUAAUUGUAAGCGAUGAUGGAAUACCAUUGCAUUAAAAAAAUUACAAAUUGUU